AGUCAUUAAACAAACGCUUCUCCCUUGGACGACUGACUGACAUUCCAAUCUGCACCGUCCAUCCUCUCCAUUAAAUAACCUUGUCGGCCCUCUCGAUCACUCGCCGUCUCGCGUUGUUCUCUCUUUGACUCUUUGUGGUUCUCUGCAACCGAACGAAGAUCGGGAGAGAAAGAUGUUUGGGAGGCCGCCUAAGAAGAGCGACAACACCAAGUACUAUGGGAUCCUUGGGGUCUCGAAGAACGCAUCCCAAGAUGAUCUGAAGAAAGCUUACCGUAAAGCAGCUAUCAAGAACCAUCCUGACAAGGGUGGUGAUCCUGAGAAGUUUAAGGAGCUGGCACAAGCAUAUGAGGUUCUGAGUGAUCCAGAGAAACGUGAGCUAUAUGAUCAGUAUGGUGAGGAUGCUCUCAAGGAAGGAAUGGGUGGUGGUGGUGGUGGCCAUGAUCCGUUUGACAUAUUUUCUUCAUUCUUUGGUGGCAGCCCAUUUGGUGGUGGUGGAAGCAGUAGAGGGAGAAGGCAGAGGAGGGGUGAGGAUGUUAUCCAUCCCCUAAAGGUGUCCUUGGAAGAUCUCUAUAAUGGGACAUCGAAGAAGUUAUCCCUCUCUCGCAAUGUCAUCUGCUCUAAGUGCAAGGGCACAGGGUCUAAGUCAGGUGCAUCCAUGAAAUGUUCUGGCUGUCAAGGUUCUGGGAUGAAGGUCUCCAUUAGACACCUUGGUCCUUCAAUGAUUCAACAGAUGCAACAUCCUUGCAACGAAUGUAAGGGUACUGGUGAGAUGAUCAACGAUAAGGAUCGUUGCCCUCAGUGCAAAGGUGAGAAGGUCACGCAAGAGAAGAAAGUGUUGGAAGUCGUCGUGGAAAAGGGUAUGCAAAAUGGGCAGAAGAUUACAUUCCCUGGAGAAGCGGACGAGGCGCCGGACACUCUCACUGGGGACAUUGUUUUUGUCCUACAAGAGAAGGGGCAUCAAAAAUUCAAGCGAAAGGGUGAUGAUCUAUUUGUUGAACGCACAUUGUCUCUCACAGAGGCGCUGUGUGGCUUCCAUUUCAUUAUUAGUCAUUUGGAUGGAAGGCAGCUUAUCAUUAAAUCCCAACCUGGUGAAGUUGUUAAGCCUGACCAAUUCAAGGCCAUAAAUGAUGAGGGAAUGCCAAUGUACCAAAGACCUUUCAUGAAGGGCAAAUUGUACAUUCAUUUCACUGUUGAAUUCCCUGACACACUCACCCCGGAGCAAAGCAAGGCUCUGGAGUCUGUUCUUCCUCCAAGGACCUCGACACAGUUGACUGACAUGGAGCUAGAAGAAUGUGAGGAAACUACGCUGCAUGAUGUGAACAUCGAGGAGGAGAUGCGGCGGAAAGAGCAGCAACGUGCACAAGAGGCUUAUGAUGAGGAUGAAGACAUGCAUGGUGGUGCACAGAGAGUCCAAUGUGCUCAGCAAUAGUGGGAACGCAAGAGUGGAAGUGACUUGCAUCUGAGAGGGAUGUAGCACCCUGAACUCCUUGCUGUUUAAGAGUAUAAGCUUCUCAACUUUAUUGCUUUUCAUUGUAGGAUUUGGUGUGCUAUGUAUGGAAAGAUUUGAUUAACAUUUUGGAUUGUCUAGAACAAAUUAAGAAUUAUGUCAUUGAUUCUUGCAGAUUAUUUAUUAUUAUGAAGUGAAGGCAAUGAUCUUUCUCUCU